AUAGUCCCGGCCAAGGCAGUUGUUACUCGCGGAAGGAUCUGUCCCCGUGCUCCGCCUCAUAUAUAAAGCGUUCGACUUAGCCACUGUUCUUCUCUUCAUUCAUCAACACGGGGACACGCAGAUCCACCGCAGCAAACCUACAAGAUGCCGGAAGAAGUUCAUCAUGGAGAGGAGGAGGUGGAGACUUUCGCCUUCCAGGCUGAGAUCGCCCAGCUCAUGUCCCUUAUUAUAAACACUUUCUAUUCUAACAAGGAAAUCUUUCUGCGAGAGCUGAUCUCCAAUGCUUCCGAUGCCCUUGAUAAGAUCAGAUAUGAAAGCCUUACUGACCCAUCUAAACUGGACAGCGGCAAGGAUCUGAAGAUUGAUGUCAUCCCCAAUCGCCUGGAACGUACUCUUACAUUGGUGGACACUGGCAUUGGCAUGACUAAAGCUGACCUAAUCAACAACCUUGGAACUAUUGCUAAGUCUGGAACCAAGGCUUUCAUGGAGGCUCUGCAGGCCGGUGCAGAUAUCUCCAUGAUUGGGCAGUUUGGCGUGGGCUUCUAUUCUGCUUACCUGGUAGCAGAAAAGGUUGUGGUGAUCACUAAACACAAUGAUGAUGAACAGUACAUCUGGGAGUCCUCAGCUGGUGGAUCCUUCACUGUCCGCACAGACCAUGGUGAGCCCAUUGGCAGAGGGACCAGGGUCAUUCUGCACCUUAAGGAAGAUCAGACUGAAUAUUUGGAGGAAAAACGCGUCAAGGAGGUGGUGAAGAAACAUUCCCAGUUCAUCGGGUACCCAAUCACACUCUAUCUAGAGAAGGAGCGAGAGAAGGAGAUCAGCGAUGACGAAGCUGAGGAGGAGAAAGAGGAAGAGAAAAAGGAUGAGGAGCAGGAGGGAGGCGAGGACAAGCCUAAGAUAGAGGAUGUGGGCUCAGAUGAUGAAGAGGAAAGCAAAGACAAAAAGAAAAAGACUAAGAAGAUCAAGGAGAAAUACAUUGACCAGGAAGAACUGAACAAGACCAAACCAAUCUGGACUCGCAAUCCUGAUGACAUUGGCCAGGAGGAGUAUGGAGAGUUCUACAAGAGCCUUACAAAUGACUGGGAGGAUCAUCUUGCAGUUAAGCACUUCUCAGUUGAGGGCCAGCUGGAGUUCCGCGCAUUGCUGUUCAUCCCACGCCGAGCUCCCUUCGACCUCUUUGAAAACAAGAAAAAGAAGAAUAACAUUAAGCUAUAUGUACGCAGGGUGUUCAUCAUGGACAGCUGUGACGAGCUGAUACCAGAGUACCUGAACUUUAUCCGUGGUGUGGUAGACUCUGAGGACCUUCCCCUGAACAUCUCCCGAGAGAUGCUGCAGCAGAGCAAGAUCCUGAAGGUCAUCCGCAAGAACAUUGUGAAGAAGUGUAUGGAGCUGUUCUCUGAGCUGGCUGAGGACAAAGAAAACUACAAGAAAUUUUAUGAAGCUUUCUCCAAAAACCUCAAGCUUGGGAUCCAUGAAGACUCCACCAACAGGAAGAGGCUGUCUGAGCUCCUGCGUUACCACACCUCCCAAACUGGAGAUGAAAUGGCUUCCCUGACAGAAUAUGUGUCACGCAUGAAGGAGAACCAGAAGAGCAUCUACUACAUAACUGGUGAGAGCAAGGAGCAAGUUGCCAACUCUGCAUUUGUGGAGCGUGUCAGGAAGCGCGGGUUUGAGGUGGUGUACAUGACCGAGCCAAUCGAUGAAUACUGUGUGCAGCAGCUGAAGGAAUUUGAUGGGAAGACUCUCGUGUCUGUCACAAAGGAAGGGCUGGAGCUGCCAGAAGACGAAGAUGAGAAGAAGAAAAUGGAAGAGAACAAAAACAAGUUUGACAGCCUGUGUAAGCUGAUGAAGGAGAUCUUGGACAAGAAGGUUGAGAAGGUUACCAUUUCCAACCGUCUUGUGUCCUCCCCAUGCUGCAUUGUUACCAGUACGUAUGGCUGGACAGCAAACAUGGAGCGGAUCAUGAAGGCACAGGCUCUGAGGGACAACUCAACCAUGGGUUACAUGAUGGCAAAGAAGCACCUGGAGAUCAAUCCUGAGCACCCAAUUGUGGAGACUCUGCGGCAGAAGGCAGAUGCCGAUAAGAAUGACAAAGCCGUGAAGGACCUGGUUGUUCUGCUGUUUGAGACUGCUUUGCUGUCCUCUGGCUUCUCUCUGGACGAUCCACAGACUCACUCAAAUCGUAUCUAUCGGAUGAUCAAGUUGGGUCUGGGCAUUGAUGAAGAUGAGACCGCAGUAGAAGAAACCACACCAUCUGUCACAGAAGACAUUCCUCCACUUGAAGGUGAUGAGGAUGCAUCCCGCAUGGAGGAAGUAGAUUAACUUUUUGGACUCAUAACCCCCUUCUCUGCCCCUUCCCUCUACAGCCCUGUGUCUGCAACUCCUUUGGCAGGGAGGUGUUCAGGCUGUAAAGCCUUCCUGGCAUGAACUGUAAAUAUUACAGCGUUUAAUUUUCCUGCUGGCUCAUUUGGCAGUUAAUGUGUUAACAGAUCCUUCCCCUUAAAUGCAGGGAGUUACCAGAUGUCUCUGCUGUUUAUUUAACCCUUCCUUUCAUGUCUCGGCCCUCUUGGUCUUAUGCGGUUACCAUGGGUAUGAUGCGCCAAGAGGUGUAACCCUUGCCUGGUUGGAGUUUCCUGCCUGGAAAGGGUUAAGUUUGUUCUUCCGUUCAGGAAGUUUUGAAUAUCCUUCAGAAUAAAAUGCUGUUAUCUGAAAAGUAACGCUGUGUUGUGCUGCCUGUGAGAUUUUCUUUUCAUGGUUGUAAAAUGGCAACGUUAUGCAAAAAUAAAGACCUUUUUUGUACACUGAA